UUAUCGUUCAAUUGCACGAUUUUAUUUUAAUGUGUUUUUUAUUGUAGUUUUGUGUUACUUCUUAAAAGAUCAUAAAAUGUCUUGGUUGUUUGGAUUAAAUAAAGGUAGCACACCUGAUUUUUCGCAGUUUGCUCUUCCUCCACCCCCAAGUGGGGGUGACGAGGGAGGAAAAGACAAGGGCGACAAGGGUAGCCAAGGACAUGUCUCUGAAUCUUACCGGUUUGAUUCUGCCGCCUUAGAAAGGGCCGCAAAAGCCGCAAAAGAAUUGGAAAGAUCACCUUAUGCCAAAGAUGCUUUAGAACUGACUAAAAAACAAGAAGAUGUAAAAAUAUUAGAAAAUCAAAUAUCUAUAAAACAAUAUGAAGUGGAAGUUGAAAGAAUGAAAAGUGAGCAGAUCAAAAUGGCCAAUGAGGAAAGGAGAAAGACUUUGGUGGAAGAAACGAAACAGAACCAAAAAAGAGCGGAGUACCAGGACCAGCUAGCUCGCAAAAGAUACGAUGACCAACUCAUCCAGCAGGCAAAAAUGCAAGAAGAAAAUCUGAGGAAGCAAGAAGAAUCAGUAGCUAAGCAGGAGGCUAUGCGAAGAAAAACUGUGGAGCACGAGAUGGAGCUACGACAACAAACCGAAAUGAAGAGAGUUGAAGCAGAGAUGAGAGCAAAAGCAUUGGCAGAAAGGGAGAACAAAGAUAUUCAUUUAGAACAAAUUCGAGUUAAAGCUGCUGAGAGAAGGAAAACAAUAAUAGAAUCAAUCCAGACGGCAGGAAAUGUGUUGGGUGCUGGGUUUCAAACAUUCAUUUCAGAUAAGGACAAAAUAAUAGCCACGAUAGCCGGUUUAUCAGCUUUGGCAGUGGGCGUGUAUGCUGCCAAGUUUGGUACAGGUGUAGCAGCUCGCUACGUUGAAAACAGAUUAGGAAAACCCAGUCUUAUCAGGGAAACAUCCAGACUGACAUUUGUUGAUGCUGUCAAACAUCCAAUAGAGACAUUCAAAAGAAUCUCAUUAAAAGCUGAAGAUGCUCUUAAGGGAAUUGUUUUGAAGCCAUCAUUAGAAGAACGCUUGAGAGAUAUUGCCAUAGCAACACGGCACACCAAGACCAACCAAGGUUUCUACAGAAAUAUUUUGUUCUAUGGACCUCCGGGCACUGGUAAAACUAUGUUUGCCAAAAGCCUGGCAAAGCAUUCUGGGAUGGACUACGCCAUAAUGACGGGUGGUGAUGUUGCUCCAAUGGGUCGGGAUGGCGUGACGGCCAUGCACCGGGUCUUUGAGUGGGCCGGUAGCAGCAGGAGAGGUGUCUUGUUGUUUGUUGACGAGGCUGAUGCUUUCUUGAGGAAGCGAAGUCAGGAGAAGAUCAGUGAGGACUUGCGGGCCACGUUGAAUGCCUUCCUGUACCGGACUGGUGAACAAUCAAACAAGUUCAUGUUGGUGCUGGCCAGUAACCAACCAGAGCAGUUUGAUUGGGCAAUCAACGAUCGAAUUGAUGAAAUGGUCGAAUUCGACAAGCCGUCAUUAGAAGAGAGAGAGAGAAUGGUGCGGUUGUAUUUUGAUAAGUUUGUUCUGCAACCUGCUGCUGAAGGCAAAAAGCGGCUGAAAGUUGCUCUAUUUGACUAUGGUGCAAAAUGUUCGGAAAUUGCCAAGAAUACCGAAGGAUUGUCUGGUAGAGAAAUAUCAAAACUUGGUGUUGCCUGGCAGGCUGCAGCAUACGCAUCAGAUGACGGCGUACUGACAGAGAAGAUGAUUGACAGCAAAGUGAAUGACUCUAUUAUUGCCCACAGAAAGAAGGUAGUGUGGCAGAAAGAGCAAGAAAAAAUUGAAGAAGAACAAGCACCCAUCAAAUCUGCCAAGGACUCGGCGGCUUUCCCGUUUUAAUGCUGAUAAAAUAUUAACUGCCUGUUGUAUUAUAAUUGUAAUUAUGUUCUUGAUAUUGUUGUUUGUAAGUGGCGUUAAUACCUCUUCUUUAUUGACGACUCAUGUUUCAGUACUUCAUCGUUAUUCUGUCGAAUGAUUUGUUGUCGUGAAAACUUACUUGUUAUUCUCUAUUAUUACCGUUUCUACCUUAAUUAAUUAUUUUCUCCAGUUAUGAUGCUACUGCACUCCACGUCAUGCCACUAAUUUUAUACCCGUCAAUUUGAUUCAUGAUCUUUUUAGUUUAUUCUACCAUUCCCAACAUUUAUUUGUAUUAUGUCUAAUUAGGCAAUUCCUCGUCAAAUUUUUUAUUUUGAUCUUUUCUGGUUUUUCUAUGUAAUGGUACAGGCUCCCACUCACACACAGAGGUAUCUGUUUAUAUAGACAUGUACAUAUAGAAUCUAAUUUAGAAUCUAAUAGAAUCAUUUUGGCGCUUGCUAGUUGAUGAUUUCUGCUCGAAAUUCUGUUCAUCUUAUACUUACGGCCUCACAGUUUUGAAGAAAGGGACUAAUGUAUUUAUGUACCUAUGUAAUUAUUUGUGAAUCAUGUUCACCUGGUUUGUUAAAAAUAAAACAACUGAAAAUAAAAUACAGAAAUUUGAAAAAUGUU